GGAGCAUAUGGCUCAACCCUCGUUGCAGACUUUUCCCCAGGUUGCCGUGCGUUGCUGCUGCGGCGCCAUUGCCACCGCUGUCGUCGUUGUUGCGCUCGCCUUGCAUUUGCUCUCUACUCUUGGCUAUCCUUCCCUCUUAUCGCUCCUCGAUUUUGUCUCGUCCGUUGUGGUGCAGUGUUGUUACCACUAGCUUCGGGGUCAUUAGGUUCUUCCCGAUUUUCGAGGAGGGCUACUGUGGCUGGGGAACUACAUCGACUCGGUCGGGUCCGCUAUCUCAGAGGAGUCGGCAAUUUUGCGGAGAGUACUAAGUCGCCCGGUCCUUAAUCAUUGCAAGUAAUUUUCGUAACAGUUUUAAGGGAGUUCCCGCUCAAGGAUCAUGGAUGAUGAUUGGGAUGCCGAAGAUUUUACUCCCUUGCCGCCUGUGUUGGCCAAGGAGGCAACUCAAGUGAAGAGCCAAUGGGAUGACGAAGAUGCCGAGGAGGAACCAGUAGAAGAGAAGCCCAAAGUUGUUGCUGUACCCAAACCCAAGGCUGAGAAGAAAAAGGAGAAGCCGAAGAAGGCAACUAGCGAUGAAGGGGUCCUUUCCGACCCAUUGGCGGAGAAGCUUCGACAACAAAGGCUGGUUGAGGAAGCCGAUUAUCAAAAUACAUCUGAGCUAUUUGGAGGCAAGACUCGAGGUGGUCGUAGUUUAGAGGAUUUUAUUCCUAAGUCCGAGGAUGACUUUCUGGAGUAUGCUGAAUUGCUUGCCCAGAAGAUAAGACCAUUUGAGAAAAGUUUUCAUUAUAUGACGCUUCUUAGAGCAAUCAUGCGUCAUUCAGUUGCAAACAUGAAAGCUUCUGAUGCUAAGGAGAUUGCAUCAAGUAUGACCGUUAUUGCCAACGAGAAAUUGAAAGCGGAGAGGGACGCCACUGCAGGAAAAAAGAAAACAGGUGCGAAGAAGAAGCAGCUUAUUGUUGAUAAGCCAGACGAUGAUGGAAUGGGUGGAGUUUCUUACGAUGCAGUAGAUGAUUACGACUUCAUGUAGUACUGUUAGUACCGUUUAAAUAUGUGUCAAUGGACCAUCAUUGUAGUCUCGUUGAGUGGCUCGGUUAGGCAAGCAUACAUUAGAGUACAGAGUGCGGCAGUUUUGCUACGAACACAUUGCUGUUAGUUACCCUAGUUUCGGCAAUAUUUUUGUGUUACAUGUCAGGAUGUGUGUUUCUGUCUACCUGAAAUUUGGGAGAUCUUUCAAACCUCCCAAAUGGCUUCUGCCCGCUGCCACGGUCAAAGGGUCUCCUCACUGUUUGUUUCAAGCGGAUCUAUCGAAGCUGCGAUGCUUUGAUAUUCUUUUUAUACUGAAAGUUAUGAGAUGCAGGGAAUCGUGACACUCCUUAUGUGACGUGAAAAGCUGAAAAUUGUACCUUAAUUCGAUUCUCCCGUUGGGCUUCAAACUAA